GAAUUUCUCAGAAAUGAAACUAAAAAGCAAUUUUUCUCGGAAAUUCAUAAAUUUACUGUUCCUUUAUAAUAUAGAAGUAUCCGUACAUCAACACAUUCGUGAUUGUAGGUCGUGGUUAUGACGAACUCGGAAAAAAUGACUGCGGAUGAGACAGAACCAGAUGAAAUGACAACCCACAAGGAAGAAUCCACUCCAACCAUGUCUUUAUGGAUCAAAACUAAACAGCUUCCAAACCAAUAUUGGGCACCGAUCUCGUCCUGCUACGAAGAUGCAAGGUUCCCAUUAGAAGUGCGCGAUGUUAUGUCAGAUUGGCUCGAGUGUCAAGAUUGGAAUUCCAUUGAUGAGAGUAAUCCAAGUAAUGAGGCCAUAGCUAGAACUAUGCUCAAUAACUUGUUGCAGGAAAUGGAGACAAGGAGUAUAACUUUAAACAAUGACUACUUCAGCACCAAGUUGAAAGUGGGACAAGCAAUUGUGGAUUUUCAAAGAAUCUACUCUCCGAACCCUUUGUUAUUGGUUCAUUCCAUAAAGAAAUGUCUUACGAUUGAACAGAAUUAUGUCAACAUGAAUGAAGGCAAUGGUGAGCUUGACAGCAGCCAACUUUAUGAAAAUGGUGAAAAGAUGAUAGUCUUGGAGGAACUGAAGGCUGCAACAAAGCGUACUAGUGAUCUGAUUGUGAGGCUGCAAGAAGACCAGGAAGUUUUCAACGUUGAAUUACAGGAAUAUAAGACAAUGACUAUGCAGGCUGAUGGUAACCGUUUCCUUGAUUCUUUCUCUUGCCAUUCCUUCUUUCUCUCAUUCUAGCUUUCAUUCUCUCAU